AUGAGUAAGCUAAGAAAUCACAAAGGUCACUUUAACCUUCGCGUUCGGAUGCCAAUGACGUCUCCGUCUACCAGUUCUAGUGGCUCACCCAAACCAAGUCGGCAGUAUAACCAGCAGUUUCAAGAUGCUCUUCACUACCCUAAGCGUUCCUUUUAUGGACUUGAGCAGCGCCUCGUCAACGUCUCCGACGAGGAUGGGUCAGAUGAUGAACCACAUCGGCGUUUGCCCGUAACAACAGGAAACCUGAACAAGUGGACCAACAUGCUUCAUGGAUGGCAGGAGCGUUACUUUGUACUGAAAGAUGGUGUCCUUAGUUAUUUUCGCAAUGCUGAUGAUGUUGCUGGGGGCUGUCGUGGAGCCAUUCGCCUCAAGAAUGCUCAGGUUCAACCUCACCCCUAUGAUGAUUGCCGAAUUGAUGUGAGUCUGGGAGACUCCACUUGGUACUUCCGCUGUCCCUCAGCUCAGUCUCGGCGGCACUGGGUGGAAUGUAUCGAAAAGCAUCGAUUAGCAGAGUCAGGCUAUAGUUCGGAGCAGGCCCUGACAACGGAGAGCUCUCUUCUCUCCCUCAAUUCGAUCACCUCGGCCUCCAACCUCGGCGGUUCCGGGCUUCUCCGUGGACAAAGUCUUUUCGAUGGAGUUGCCGAGAUCGAGAGCCUCAAGACAGUGCUAUGUCAGCAGGCAGAGAAGAUACUGGUCUACCUGGAGACUUGCCACCGAAUAGCAGUGCAAGCUGAAGAAGCCGGAGGCUAUGAACUUCUUUUAGAGUCCGCAGUGUUUGAGGAGAUCCUCUGCCAGCUGCGUCGGGAACUGUCAACUUUACACGCGACUCCGCCUCAUCGCAUUUCCGCAACAUUGGAGAAGACACCGCAACCGAGUUUCGAGGAACCUAACGCGGAUACUGAUGAUAGGGACUCCCUUGUCUCGGACACGAGCUCCGACGAGUUGAUCUACUCUUCUCCCCUUCCUGGCGAUGCCACACUGAUGCGGCAGAACAAUGGCCGUCCAAUUCAUACAACCGAUUCCUUACCUGCUGUCUUCUUUAAUACUUCUCCUGCGGCGCCUCGUGCCUCAUCUCCCAAGACAAACGGUGUUGUUUCACCAGACUCUGGGGAUGAGGGUACCAAGACACCGAAGGCUGGUUCUUCUUCACGUAGUUGCGGAAGUGGUGGUGGGGGUUUUUUUUCCCGUUUUCUACCCUUUCGUGGCAACCCCAACAGCAAUAUCAAUGCCUCCGCUAAUGCUGCCUUUCCGGGUGCUGCCAAUUCCACUGUUGGAAAUCAGUCCAAGUCAUCGACUUUUUCGAACAAAGGCAAGAAUAGAUCGGAACCAUCGCUCCGCGCCUCUCGAAUGCAUGACUUGGGCAUUCUUCUCAAUCACUUUGGUGCAAUGUCCAUUGAGUUUGGAACGGAGGUGAAUCUCUUUAGGAGCACAUCCUCGGCCCUUCAAUUAGCUCUCACUCGGACCAUGGAGGUCUUCAAUCAACGUGAGGAAACUUGGCGUCGCCGCCUUGAGCGCGAGACAGAGCGUCGACGCACUUUGGAGCGUCAACUGAAAACCGCACAGGAGGCGGCAGCUGCUACACGUCUCAACGCUACUCUUCUGACCCGUCGUGGUAUCCAAAUGGUGCCGGGCAAAGCCCAUCAACGCAGUCACAGCCAUGGCGGUCAACUCUUUCCCCAACUGUGCAUGCCUCCGACCACCGCUAUCACCGCCGCCGGUGCUGUCUCUACUUCGCCCGUUGCAGGUGGGAAGAUGUUCAUUGUUGAGGAGGGAGGUCCCGACUUUGCCGAGGGUGGCUCCGAAUACAAUGUUUGCGAAGAGCACUUCUAUGACGCGAUUGAUGCGCAGAUUGACAAGAUGCACCAGGACGAAGCUUGUCUCAUGGCACUCAAAUCGGUGGGUGACAAACUGCGCUCUGCCGAUGCCAUGCCACCCAGUCACCCACUCUACACGGAGGUCGGCAAGAUCUGCGAGGACCGGAUGGGCAUCCUCCGUGGUGGCUUUCCCUCCUCCAUCGGCGAGGUCGGCAGCGUCAACAACGGGUGGACCAUCCUCGCUAAGCAGGGCGACAUGACCAUCUAUAAUCGUGAGGUGGAAUCCGCUGAUGGCACCUAUCUGGAUCCGCUUCAGGCUGUGCACAAAGUUGCCAAAGUGACUGCACGCGAGAUGUGUGAGGCAUUCUGGGACGUGCAAUAUCGUCUAGACUGGGAGAUCACAGUGGAUCAGGCGCCCACGGUGAUAGAAGUCUGUGGUGAUGACACCGUCCUCCAAUACCAAGCCUACAAACGCGUGUGGCCAGCCACCCAACGAGACUCGCUCUUCUGGUCACACAUGCGUCGCCUUGACUCCACUCAAUUCCCUGUUGACGAGGCGGUGACAUCUGCGGGACUGGUUGUCCUCGACACGUGGAUGGUGGUCAACUACUCCACCAAAUACGGUGAGGAGCGCCUCCCUGCAUCCGCUAAGACACCCUCCUUCAUCCGCCUCGAGGUGGACGUGGAGUUGUUCUGCCAGACGUUGUGGCACCCUCCCACUCCCGAUUUCGACAUAUCCACCCUGCCGGACUCGGCGCAGCUGCAGUGUCUGUCGCCAGAAGAGCAGAGAGCACAGUGGGAGGCGGUGGGUGUGAAACGAGAGGCGCUGCAAUGCCGUCUUCUGUACGCCUCGCAAAUCAAUCCGGGGGGUUGGGCUCCCGCUGCGGUGGUUCGGACGAUGGCGCGGCGUGAAUAUCCCCACUUUCUUCGGCGUAUUAGCGAAUUUGUGGUAGGGCACACGACGGAAAAGACGCCGAAAUUCUAG